AUGUUUAAAUCAGCUACAGGAGAACAAUUACGCCGCCUUUGGACCAACCUCAAAACACGCCAUAGGGACUCUCUUACAAGAGAACGACAGCACAGAUUGGCCACAGGUGGAGGAGGUCCUUGUCCUGAUGCUGUAAUCGAUGCAAAUAUUGCAGAAAUUGCACCAGCUCUCCUAGUAGAGAUACCAAACGCUCUUGACUCUGAUACUCUAGAAAUAUACCAAACCCAGCCAGAAGUAUCCACACCUCUCAUUUAUAACCCAGAACAAUUAUCUGCACCUGCAAACACCAAUAUAAUAGGACCAUCCACAUCUUGUCUGCUACCACCAACAUCUCCACCACAAAAUGACCCACAAACCACUCCGAUGUCACCACAAACUGACUUCCCACCAGCAACACAUCAUGCCUUCAAUUACUCAUUUAAUGAAAAAAAAUUAAGGGUGCAAAUUUUAAAACGUGAGCACUUAAGUAGAGAGAAAAGGGCCGAAGAAGUACACAGUAUGAGAAAAAAAUUUGAAGAAGAAAAGCAUUCAUUAGAAGUGGAGAUAUUGAAAGAAAACCUAAGAGAAGCUAAAGCUAGAGCAGAGUUGGCACAAAGAGAACUGUGCUGA